AUGGGCGAGCUCGAGGCGAGGGACUCGCUCGGGCCCGGCGCGCAGACCCCGCCGGGCAGGGCCCGCGGCUGCGAGAGCCACCACGCCGGGGCCGGGCGCCGCCGCAGAGCCGUGCGCGCCCUGAGCAGGCUGGCCCGCCGUCUCCUGCAAACUUUGCGGGGGGCGCGGCAGCAGCGGCGGCGGGAAGGCGCCGAGGCGGAGGACGACGAAGGCGGCUUUAAGCGCCCGCCGGGACCCGACCGCGACCGCGGUCAAGCAGGUGGCGGCGGCGGCGGCAGCGGCACCCGGCGCCUGUCGCUGGGCGCGCUGAGCCCACCCCCGGGGGCCAGUUCCGGGGACCCGCGCCCGCUCACCCCCGGCGCGCAGGGGCUCAAGAACCACGGCAACACGUGCUUCCUGAACGCCGUGGUGCAGUGCCUGAGCCACACGGAAUUGCUCGCCGCCUUCCUCCUGCUCGCGCUGCCCGACCAGCAGGGGCCCCCCAGGCCGGGCUCGGGCUCGGGCUCCGGCUCCGGGGAGGUCACGCAGCACUUGGCGGCGCUCGUUCGCGCCCUCUGGACCCUCGAGUACACGCCGCAGCUCUCCGCAGACUUUAAGAACGUCGUCUCCAAGUAUGGUGCGCAGUUCCGUGGAAACUCUCAGCAUGAUGCCCUGGAGUUCCUGCUGUGGCUGCUGGACCGCAUGCACGAAGACCUGUGCUCGGUGUCUCUUAAUCAGAAAGUGAGGGUGUCUGGAAAGCCUCCACCGGGACAGGAAGGGAGCUCCUCCAGCAGUGCUCCGUCAGCUGAGCAGCCUCCCAAGGGCCAGAGCUUUGUGCAGAACCACUUCCAGGCACAGUACAGGUCCUCAUUGACUUGUCCUCACUGCCUAAAACAGAGCAACACUUUCGACCCCUUUUUGUGCAUCUCGUUGCCCAUCCCUUUGCGUCAGACCAGGCCUUUGAAUGUCACUCUCGUCUUCCAGUCCAAAAGCCAGCGCUUUGUGCGUGUGGGCCUGGCUGUGCCUCUCUUCAGCACUGUGGCAAAACUGAGGGAAAUGGUGGCAGAGGAAGGCAACAUUUCACCCGACCAGGUGAUACUGGCUGAGCUGGGCCAGGCAGGUUUCCAGUGCUCCUUCUCAGAUGACAUGGAUCUGAACACCAUUGCGGAUGACAUCAGCAUCUACGCUUUCCAGGCCCCACUUGCUUUUAGCAGGGCAAGCUCUUCCCGUCUCUCAGGAUUUCCCCACAGUCUCCCAUCCUCUCCCAAUACUUCUGAGCCAGAAGGCCAGCGCUUGGCUCAUAACGGGGCCAUUUCAUCAGAGGUGCUGCACCACUGUGGAGGUGGCAGAAUCCUACUGCUUGUUUGUAAUGUGGCCGGGACAGGACAGCAAGGUGUGAGGUUUGGCCCCCCACUGCUGAUGCGAGAAGACCGGGCCAUGUCGUGGGAGCAGCUGCAGCAGUGCAUCCUGGGCAAAAUGCGCUAUCUAAUGAGAAAGGAGGCCCAAGUGCAGGCUACUGAGAGUCUGUUCCAGGUGCGAGUUGUUGGCGGCUCUGCACUGUGCAGCUACCUCUCUCGUCAGGACAGCUGGCCUCUCUACCAUCCAGCUGUGGACAGAGCUCUGCAGUUCAGUGGCCCUGGGGGGCCCAGCCACGUGAAGCUGGUAGUUGAAUGGGAUGUGAACACCAAAGAGUGUUUGUUUGGCAACAUCCAGGAAGAAGUGGUUGAGGAUGCAGAGAGUGUGAGACUGAAGCAGCAGCUUCAUCAGCAGCAGCAUAGCUGUACCCUGGAUGAAUGUUUCCAGCUCUACACCAAGGAGGAGCAGCUGGCCCCGGACGAUGCCUGGCGCUGUCCUCACUGCCAGGUGCUUCAGCAGGGCAUGGUAAAGCUCAGCCUGUGGACACUCCCUGAUAUCCUCGUCAUCCACCUGAAGCGGUUCCGGCAGGUGGGAGAGCAGCGGCACAAGCUUUCCACGCUGGUGCACUUCCCUCUGCGUGGGCUUGACAUGGCUCCCCAUGUGGCCAAACGCAGCCGUGGCAGCAAGUGGGGCACUUGGAAACACACCUCCAUGGAAGGGGGCCAGUGUAACUUCCUCUAUGACCUGUACGCCGUCUGCAAUCAUCAUGGCAGCAUGCAGGGCGGACAUUAUACAGCGUAUUGCCGCAAUGCCCUGGACGGCCGCUGGUACAGCUACGAUGACAGCACCGUGGAACGCGUCCUGGAAGAAGAAGUCAGCACACGCGGUGCCUACAUCCUCUUCUACCAGAGGCACAAUGUGGUCCCAAGCUGGUCCGAAGGAAACUCUGUGAGAGGGUCCACCAGCUCCUCUGUCUCUGAGCACUGGCUAGCAAGGUUCAGUGGAAGCGGCAAGCGAGAGAGCCUGGUAUCUCGGAGCUCCGCUGCGUGUCCGUCACUGCCGAAAGCGCCUGACUCGCCCGUCUUCACGGAUGCCAGCACCAGCCAGGAGAAAGGUGGUUUUGAGUCACGGCCCCUGGUGCGGGGAGUCCAGGGUAGGAGCGUCAGCCUGAAAGCUUCCCCCUAUAAGGCCAAGCUGGGCGUUCCCAAGCCGAUGCCCUUGCGCUGGUCCUUCACGUCCAAAGAUUGGCCAGCAGAGCCCUCUGGAGAGCUCAUUGAAUACCUGGAGUCUGGCCGCAGACCCCGGUUCACAAAUGAGUCCAUUGUCCCUCUUAUGACUAAGGAAGGGGAAGACAAUGGGCCUCUGCCUGCUAAAGUGAAGCCGAGCCCUGUGCCACCCGGCAUGGGCACCACGGAGAGUGUUGGCAAAGCGCCUGCUGCCAUGGAAAGCACGAACACCCUGAAGAGGGCAGGGAAGCCGAAGGAGGAUGCAGGUGAGCAGCCACGGACACCCAAGAAGCUGGUGCUCUCCCUCAGCAUGGUGCCUCCGAUCAGGGACGUGGAACCCAAGGGCAAAGCAAACGUCAACGGGGCCUUGCGCCCGGGGACUGCCCUGCUCCCAUCCAGUCAUCCGCCCAAGGGCAGGGCAGGGCCGGAGCCCAAGGCCAUGCCCUGUGCUGGGGAGAGGGAGCUGGAGGGCGAGAGGCAGCCAGAGGGAAAGCUGGCCCUCUUCAGAGCUGGCUUCCUGCGGAGGGACCCCAAGCGGCACGGCGAAUCUGAUCAGCAUGGUGCUAUGCCGUCAGCCAUGGCAUCCUCCCGGGCGUCUCUCUCCAACGGGAUGCUGAGUUCUAUCCCCAGCAGCAGGCCAAACAGUACCCUGGGCCGUAGUGCCGCAGAAGGGCUGCCCAAUGGGCGGAUCUGCCGUUCCGAGUUGGACAUCAAGCGUGCUCAGAGCUCCUGCAGCAGCAAGGCGAGGAACGAGUGGCUGCUGAGCAGGUCAACUUCCCUCUCCAAGGCAAGCCACAGCGUCUCCUUGCAGGGCUACCCACCACCACUGGCUCUAGAGGGGGUUUCCUGCGGCACCUUCCAGCGGGCAAGGUACCACACAGCAUCCCUGGGCAGAAGGAUAACUGUGCCAGAAUCCAGCUUCUGAGCCAGUCUGUGUUUGCCCCUGGAGGCGUGGAAGAGCGCGGGCAGCCCUUGGUGCUUGUAAGGUCUCAGGCCCUUUGGAUAAGAUCUGUGGAUGACUGGAAAGCUUGGCUGGUGCUUGCUUUGCAACGGUUUUUCUCUCAAUCAGUGGUUAUCAAACCCAAGGCAUGCCAAGUGACACCGCUGCCUUGUCUGGGGAUGAAGAUGCAACAUGACCUUGUGGACCGUGGGAUUAGAAUGGGAGGGGGCAAGAUCAGAUAGGAGAGUAUUAGACACAAUGUAUUUAUUCUACACAGAGAUAGUUUAACUGAUAUGGAUGAGCGGAUGCGCUGUUUUGUGACAGCAGUUAUUUUGGUACCAGGUUGUGGGGAGGGAAAUAAUGGGAGAAUCUAACAUUGCUCUAUGCAAUAAUCCCAGCUUUUCUAUUUUCUGCAGACCUUUCAGUUUUACAUAUCUAUUUGUUAUUAAAAUUGUCUCAAAUGA